UAAGUUCGACGAAUAAAGUGUCCCAAGUCCAUUUUGAUUUGGGCCAACCUUGAUUCAAGACUCAAUUGACAAUUCCACUUAUCCUCUUCUCAAUUGACCCUUAGAAUUUCUACUGCACCUUUUGUGCUCUUUCCAGUGCAAAUUAUGCUGGGAAACCCGGUUACAAUUAGGGCAGGGAAUUUCAGGCCAAUUUUAACCAAUUAUGCAACCCCAUAUCACAGAAUCCGGAGCAACCAUACCCGUGUAAUCGGAGCUCCGGCAACUCUCCGGCGGCGCACGUUAGCAGGCACCCCCACCAAGAAUGGCAAAUGGGUUGUUAACUGUGUUGCUUCUGCUACCUUUGCUAAUGGCUACCCAGAAUAUGAUCGCCUUUUACCCUGCCCUCCCUCAAAUCACAGCAAUCACCCACCUAGAGUUGAACACUUGGUGGUUUUAGAAGAAGGCCCUGUUUGUGAUUACAUUAGCAGAACUUUAAAUCUCCCACCACUGUAUGUUGCUGACCUUAUCCAUUUUGGAGCUGUAUAUUAUGCACUUGUGCAUCCUAAGCCUCCAGCAACUGCAACUCCAGAGCAAGUUAAAGUAUACGAAAAAUUUACUUCACCUCAUCUUCUAAAACAGAGGCAGUCACUUGAAGGGAAAACUGUUUCAGAAGCACAAAAGACUUUCCGUAUAACUCACGUUAAUGAACAUGUUGAAGUUGGAACUUACUUGCGUGUUUAUGUACAUCCAAGACGCUUCCCAAGGUGCUAUGAAAUUGAUUGGAAGUCGAGGAUUAUAGCCAUUACUGACAAUUAUGUGAUUCUGGACAAGCCUGCUGGCACCUCUGUAGGAGGUACUUCCAACAAUAUCGAAGAAAGUUGUGCAAAUUUUGCUACUCGUGCUUUGGGAUUGACUAGUCCACUCUUGACUACACAUCAAAUUGAUAAUUGCACUGAAGGAUGUGUUGUGAUGGCCAGAACUGAGGAAUAUAGUUCUAUCUUUCAUGAAAAAUUUAGAGAAAAGAAGGUCAAGAAAAUCUAUCUUGCCCUCGUUGCAGCUCCAAUAUCUUGUGGAAUUAUCACCCAUUACAUGCAGCCGGCAAAGCUUGCUCCACGUAUAGUUUCUGAAGAGUAUGAGAAAGGGUGGCAAUUAUGUCAGCUUGAAGUUUUGGAUUGCAAAGAAGUUUCUUGGCCAAACUCUACCAUUGAAGAAAAGUAUCAAAUCAAAGACUGCGGAUGGCUUGUCAAGACUUUUGCAUAUGAAUGUAAAAUCAAUCUUUUGACUGGACGAACUCAUCAGAUCAGAGCACAACUUGCUGCUUGUGGAGCUCCUUUAAUUGGUGAUUCAAUGUAUAUGCCAGCUGCGCUUGCUGAGCUAACCAAACCUGGAGUAUCUCCCUUUGGUAAAUACAAGAGAGAAUACUCAUGUGAGGAUGAAAGAAGAAUUGCUACUGAAAAUUGGAUUUCUCUGCAUGGAAAGGAGCCAAGUUUAGCCAUUGGCCUUCAAGCAUGUCAAAUUUCAUGGGAUAAUGGUGAACAAGUCUAUGAAGCUGGAUCUCCUUGGUGGAGAUAAGGAUAUUUUCUGCGCUCUAAGAAAGUAAGAUCUCCAUAUUGAUGAAACAUGGGUUUGCUGAUGUCCACCACUGUAGUCUUCAUGAUAAGGCCUUUGCUAGGUGAUUGGGUGUUUUUCCUUAGGAAGGAGGUAGCAGUCUCUGAUAUAUAUGUCAUAGAUAGUGUUGGGAUCGCUGUCAGAUAUGAUUUGCAGGGUUGUGGGAUUUUCGACUGCGUUUAGUGAUUUACAUCAGGAUAACCUCCUAAGGCAGUGUAAGCUGAAAGCUUUUGUGAUAUGUUCUGUAAAUUGCAUCUUAAACAUGACUUCAGGAAGGAAUUUCAACAAUACCUGCAUUUUGUGUUUGUCAGAGGAUGAGGUGAAUGCUUGUAUUCUUGUAAGGAAGAAAAUAGAUGUAUUGUUUGAAGUUAAUUUACAAUGGUGAACAAUGAGAUGUAUAUUUUUAUUAAAUUUGAUUUUCUUACUCAUCACAACUAUUUGUAUUGCACAAUUAAGCCCUGAUAAAUAAAAUUUUGACAAUUUAUUAU